AUGAGCGACAUUUUUGCCAAAAUUUUGUCGGAUUUGCACCCUUACAAUAUACGCUAUCUAUUCUAUAUGGUAACACCAAAUGAGACUAUUUAUACUAAUGCGGAUGAUAUACCGAAUUUUUACCUCGACCCGGGUAUGACAUGGACAUUUGCAUUGAUUUUGUUGGAGCUAUUGCUAUUAGACAAGAGCAAGUACGCGUUUAACGAUACCGUCACGUCGGUGAAUUCCGGGAUUUUAUUUCUGCUCUUGAAAAUUGGCGGUCAUGAUAUUUCGGCUUUGUUUUACCCGACUGUGUACGAAUGGUUGCAUGUCGUAGAUCUGCCGAAUUCAGCUUUCACAUGGAUGCUUUGCUUUUUCACACAAGAUUUCGUUUUCUAUCUGUGUCAUCGUGCAAUACAUGAAGUUGGGUGUUUUGGUCGUUUCAUCAGAUGCAUCACUCUUCCGAAUACUUCAAUCUCAGUACUGGUAUACGUGAAGGAGCUAUUCAGGUUUUUUAUUGUAAUUUAUUGA